CUUCAGAGUCUGUUGUGUGUGCUACACCGGUACAACCCGGUCUUCCUCUGCUAAGGUAGACAUGGAAUCGUGUCAUUCUGCCCUCACCUACCCGGGCUCGGUACUGCCCCCCGCCCUCAAGGCGGGCCCAGUGCUUCCCUCUAGUGGCGCCCGGACGACGGUUGUGCUAACGCCCUGUCACCCUCCCGUGUACUCAACCCUGGGUCACCUCAUCGCAAUUAUUGAGGAACUUCGAAAACGCCAGGUAAAGUACACGUUUGGGACAGAUGGAGAGGAUGUGGCCAAAAAUGCCCUGAAGAAACUAUUGUUCGAUUGUGAGAAGCACAUCGACGUAAUGGCUACCUCUCCUAAAAGCGGGACCAACAAUCUCUACCCCAAUCCAAUGAUUGAGGAGUUAGAGAUUGAAAUGAAGAAGCUACAACAGACCAAUGACACAAAUGUACAAGAUAUGGCUGACCAGCUAAAGAAGAUAAGAUCGUUGGAGCAGAAACUGAAACCUUCUCAGGAGAAGAACAAGAAAUUCCUUGAGAAAAAUAUGGAGCUGACCAUGCAGAACAGGAGUUUGAAAGACCAGAUCCAGGUUCUGAACGAUGAAAACAAAAAAAUCAAGGAACAAUGUGAACAUUCCAAGAAACGUGUGAAAUCGCUGUCCCAGCAACUAAGUCACGAGAAAAUGGAGAGAGGGACGGCCGAAAUCAAAAUACAGGAACUGGACCGCUGUAAAAUACAGAUCACAGAACUCACAAAGACAGUCACAGCUCUCAGGCAGACCUGUAUAGAAAAAGACCGACGUAUAGAGUUGAUACAACACAGGAAAAGGAGGAAGCGAUGGAUGAGGACCCAAGCUGUAGACAAGAGUCCUGGUGUCAAGGAGACGUUCUUCGGGUAUGACGAGGACGAUACAUCUGUUGCGUCUGUCGACUCCGAGACGUCUUUUUCCUCCAUGUCCCAUGGCACACUUUCGGAUGAGGAUCUGUGUGAGGAGUUGUCACGGGAAGAAAUUGAAGGUCAGUACCAACAGCUGAUGAAGGAACACUUAGAGUUACAGAGGUUACACUCCCUCCUUCAGGCACAGACCGGCAGCCAUAUUGAUCCGCAGCGGGAGAACAAGCUACGGACUCAGCUGCAGUCUGACCUCUUUACAGCACAGUGUAAGAUAGAAGAGUUACAGGCCCUGUUGAGACAACAGGAUGAGGAAAUCCACAGUAACAGAAACCAAAACAAGGAACUGCUGGCAAAAUCCAGGACCUUGGAAGAAAGGAAUGUCCACCUGGAGAAAGCCCAUAGUCGACUAGAGCUGGAAGUGACGGAGGCACGCGAGGUCGCAGAAAAUCUUGAAUUCCGCAUCGUAGAGCUAGAAUCACAGGAGACAGGGGACCAGAGAAAUGACGUGUACCAUGUCCUGGAGACCAUCCCCGAGGACCCUGCUGAGAUGAUGGACCAGAAAGAUGUGACACUGGCCCCUCCCUAUAGCAGGGAUGGGGCAGAAAGUCCAGAGGUCAUGGGUCAAAGGUUACAGGAACAGGAAGUGCAUAUCAAGACUUUAGAGCAGACAGCCAGUGAGCUCCAGAAGAAAAUAAGCUCCCUACAGCAGGAGAAAUCUCGUCUGGAGGACUAUCAGGGCUCAAACAAGCUCAGCCUCGAGGAGCGUGAGGCACAGGAAGUGCUCAAAGUCAAGCUCCAGUUCCUGGAACAGGCGGAGGUCAUAUCAUCAAAGAAAAUCAAUGAACUGGAACAACGUAACCAGAGUCUACAGCAGCGCCUUGACCUUAAGGAGGAGCUGGAGUCCGAUCUACUGCUAGUCGAAACUCUCAAAGAGAGGCUGCAGGAAACACAGUCCGAAAAUGAUGAACUCAGCAUUAAACUUUCUGAAAUGGAAGAAAAUGAAGAAACUUUAAAAAUCAAUUGGAUGAAAGUGGCUGAAAAUGAUGCAAAUAGAAUUCAAAGUUUGGAGGAAAAAGUGAAAGUUCUUGAAAAUUCCACGCGGGAAUUAAAAUCAAGGUUACGGGAACAACAAGAUAGGUCUCCGAUGCCGACGAGUUCUGAAGGACCUUCGUUAGCCAUGGAGUUAACACAGAGUGAGACAAGUGAAAUUACCUCAACGGACCAAACCGACUCGUCACUCCUUUACAGGAUAUCGUCACUCGAGGAGGAACUACAAGCAACGAAAGAAUCCAAAAAUGCCAAAAUCGAAACUUUACAAGAAAAAAUCUGUCAGUUGAAAGAAAAUGAAAUCAAACUUAGUGAAACACUAGGUGAAAUGGAAUUGGAGGAAAGAGAUCUGCGUUCACGGCUUAAACUGUAUGAGAAUCGUAGUAGUGCAAAAUCGGAUGAGGUGUACGUAGACAAAAUUAAAAAGUUGAGUCGAUCUCAACAUAAUCUGUUGGAUCGUAUUGAUUCGAUGGAGGAUCACGAGGAAAGUUUAAAAUUACGCAUGCAAGAGACCGAAAAUUCUUUAAGACAAAAAAUUGACCAAUAUGAACGAGAAAUCGCACAAUAUAUUGAACAAGAGGAGGAAAUGUUGUGUCGUGUUCAGGACAUAGAAAAACAUGAUGAUGAACUAAUGGAAAAAUGUGAACAGUACGAGGCACAGAAAUUGGAACUAGAAGCUGAAAUCGAGACUCUGAACAACCAGAUGGAUUCGUAUUGUGAACACGAACGUGAAAUGAUCAAAGCUGGAGAAACACUGAAUCAGGAAAAUGAGAAACUAGGUCGCGAUGUCAGUGAUUACAAAAACAAGAUAGAACAAUUUGAACGACAGGUUGCUCAGUUGAAACUUGAAAAAGAUUCAUUAAAUGCAAAGGUCAAGGACAUUUCAGCGGAGUUGAAACAGGUCAAAGUUCAGUGCAGUGAGCUUACCCAGAAACAGGAGUGGUAUAGUAAGGAACUAGGUCAGGUUCGUACAGAAAAUGAUGAACUUACGGAAAAGUUGGAGACGGUAGGGGUUGAACUUGAUCAAGUGAGAUCAGAAAAUGAUGAUCUGAAUGAACGACUUAUUGAAUUAGAUUCUUCUGAACAAGAGUGCUUGGAAAAAAUCAGAAAUAUUGUAAUAAAAAAUGCCAAUAUUCAACAUUUAGAAAAGAAAGUAGAUGUUUUAGAGGAAGCUGAGUAUAAACUAAUGGACAGAGUUUCGGAACUUGAGGAGAUUGAACGAAGCUUAAGAUCCAGGUUAGAGGUAGUAAGAAUCGAUGUUAGUACAGAAACAACUGAGAGUUAUUUGCCCUUUUCGGAAAGUUCUGGGGCUGAUGAAGUGGUUACAAGGAUUGAUGUUAAACCUGUGGAGACAAGCGAGCAGACGACAGACACUAGUGACCUUGGGGAUGCCUCCCAAGGGGGCAAGGUCACAGGUCUCUUCCAAAGGUUACAGGAACUGGAAAGUGAAAAUCAGACUUUGACUGAAAAACUUGUUUCUCUAACGGCAACUGAUGCCCAAGUCAAACAGUUGUCUGAGAAAGUCAAACUUCUUGAGAAUUCAGAGGACCGGUUGAUGGACCGUGUGAUGGAACUAGAGGAAAUUGAAGACAGGAUGAAACGCCAACUUGCGAAAGUUAGUAAAUCUUCCGAAAAUAGUGUAGAACAGUCAGAUUCCGAUACUGUUGAGGAAGCGCCAAUACAAAAUCGGACCAAAAAUGUAUCUGGUAGAGUAGAUGAAGCUAGUCCAGAUCGCGACGAAUUUGUGGACGCUUUGGAAGAACCCGACAAUAGUUUAAUGAAACGUCAACUUGAGAAAGCUAAAAAGUCUGCCGAGUCUAUUCCUGAUUUUGAUGCUGAUAUGGAUUCGAUUGAAGAUGCUGAUGAUAGCCUGAGGGAAAAAAUAAACAAAAUGUACCUCGAGAAAGAAAAAAUUGCAGGACAGAUGAGCAGCAUGCAAAAACUUGUGGCCGCGUCCAAGGAAAAACUUGCCGUUAGUGAAAGAGAAAUGGCAGAGGAAAAGAAAAAAAUGACUGUCUCUGAAAAAUGUCUUGAGGAGGUAAAACAAAAGUUAUCUUCUAGGGAAAAAGUGCUUUCAGAGUGUCAACUGGAACUGGAAGAGUGUAAAAAAUGUCUCGCUGAAAGAACUGAAAAAAUGUCUUCUUUAAAAACAUCUGAAGAAAAACUGUUAAGAACUGUGGAAAUAGAACAAAUCAGGUCUAGGGAACUAGAGAAAGAAUUGAUGUCUACGCAAGAAAAACUCAAAGAUGUUCAGGUAGAAUAUGAUUUACGAAUUUCCCAGUUUACAGAACAAGUGAAUCAAAUGGUUGAUCAGGAAAAACGGUUGAAACAGGAAACCAACGAUUUGUUAAAAGGAAAAGAAAUCCUCUUGGAACGCAUCGACGAACUUCAGCAACAGAAUCAGUCUCAGGAACAAGUGCUAUCUAGUCAAAAACCUAUGCAAUAUAAAAAUCAAAAUGUGUUACAUUCAGCCAAUCAUGUCUCCGAUUCUAGUCAUGUGACCACGUACAGUUCUCAAAUUGACAAUGUCGACUUCAAGGCAAAGUACGAUGAAGCAGACGCAAAAGUAUUAAUAUUAGUUGAAAAAUGUCAGGAAUUAGAAUCAAAAUAUCAAGAAAAAUGUGAUUUAGAAACAAAACAUGUUGAAAAAAUUCAUGAAUUAGAACAAUUGAGUGAUGGUGUGGAUUCUCGUAGCUCCAAACGGAGCAGUGUUCACGGUGUUACGGACUUGUCGCCUCAUGAUAGCGGAUUCAUGACUGAUAAUGAGGCUGGAGGUCAUGACCUUGUAGUUCAGAAUACACAAGACCAAAUAAAUGCAUUCCAUGAUGUUGUCAAGGCUACCGUCCAUGAUCUAGAGACUGCCAUGUCGGAUAACGUUGACCAAACAUUCCCUGCGAUUUCUAGUCCAGAGUCCAAAGAUUCCAGUCCAUUCCAGAGUACGAUAACACGACUGACACGGUGUAAAUCUUGUAUGUUGGAGAGGCUUGUCGGCUACAACAAGCUCAGAUCAUCACAGAGGUCCAGCGGUUCAGGAUCUGAGACAGAUCUCCGACAACAGAUCACAGUUCUCCAAACAACAGAGGAACGACUUCAACAACAAAUCCAGCUUCUAGAGCAGUCCAAGUUUGACCUUGAACUCAAGGUCAAGGAUGCAACAUCAGAAAGAGGCUCUAGUUCACAGGAUCGUAAUUCUAGCCUUUUCUCCAAACCUGAUCAUGUGACCUCACAGUCAGAUGAACGAGGACUUGGGAGCAGACAGGUUCUGCUGGAUAGGAUUAUCGAGUUGGAGAAGAGUGAGAGACAUUUGAAGGGAAGGCUAGAGGUUGUUACCGGUGUUUCUCUAACAACAGUCACCAUGUUGGAUCAGCCGGAGGAUAUUCUGAGGAAGCGGAUCGGGGAGCUAGAGAGACUGGAGAAACACCUCAAACAACAGGUGCUGGACAUGGAACAAGACAGGGAUGAGCUCCAUGAGAUUGCCAGGAAAGACAAAAAUCUCAUUCACGACCAAAACGUCAAACUGCGUGAGCUAACUCUCUCGGAGAAAAAUCUGAAGGAGCAGAUGAAUCAGUUUGAAGCCUCUGAGCGAAGUUUGUACAAUAAAGUGGAAGAGCUAGAGGACCAAAUCUCCCGUCUAGAGGACAGGAUCUCCGAACUCAAGGUCAUGGAAAUGAGACUCAAGGAACUUGUCCGGAAAUACAAGCUGGACGAGGAAGUCUGGCUCAGUAAGUCGGAGAACCUGGAAACUUCCAUGACCGAGCUGAGUGUUUCCGAAGCAAAAAUGAAAAAGCAGGUUCAGAGUUUGGAAUCGGAGAGAAACGCACUUGCAGAGAAAACAGAAUAUUUACAUUUGAGGUUGAAAGAGUUAGAGAAUGCGGAAGCAAACUUGAUACAACGAACUAAGGACCAGGAGAACAAGGAAAUUAUACUUAACGAAAAACUCUCCGAGCUUCAAACACACGGGUCCAGUACAGACCAACAAAACUCAGAACUACAAAUGGUUAAUGUUGAUCUGACACAGAACUUUAAUCACGUCGUUCAGGAAAAUAGUGCACUCACUCAUCACAUAGUUCAGCUUCAGAACCAGGCUCAAGUUUUAGAACAACAGACUAUCGCUCUCAAGGACACUGAGCUUCGACUUCAGCAGGAAGUCGAGUGCCUCGAGAAAAGUGAAAAAGAACUUCAGAAAAAAGUCAAGGACCUUCAGCUGAAGGAUGUUGAUAUGCAAGGUCAGCUCAGACAAGCGGAAGAAGGGGAGACAAUCAUGAAGGACAAACUCAGCAAGCUCCAACGUAGUGAGAAUAAAUUGAAGUACAGGAUACAGGAGUUGGAGAACUCUGGCGCACAGUUACCACUGGAUGUGCCGAGCUCCCUCAAAGACAAGGUUCCGAGGAAGUUGGAGGACUGUCAGCGUCGUCUGAUCAUCCUCCAGAACCAAAACGAGAAACUAAAAUCUCGUGUACUUGAUUAUCAAAAUCUUUCGACGUCCAAAUCGGCAGUGAAGCUCCCAUUAGCGGAGUAUCAGGAGUUACAAAAUAAAGUGGCGCUACUGGAGCAGACGGAACUCCACCUCGACGAGAUGGAGCAGACGAAUGCCCAGUUAUUAGAUACUGUUAAACGGAUGCAAGAGGGCCAGGACGUUAGUAGUCCUGAACUCGACGCCAUCCAGAGACGUUUGGCUCAGUCUACCAAGACAAUCAAGGUUAUGCGGCAGAAUAUGCACAGCGUACAGUGGAAAGACCUGGGGCCAGUCGUAUAUAAUGGUAUCUCAGCUGACCAGGUGCAAGUCUCACACAUGGAGGCCCCUGGUCACCUAGCAGAGAGAGGAGCAAAGGGUCAAGGUCAGAUGGCCAGGUCCGCCAAGGUCGGACACCCUACGCAGUCGCCGGUCCAGAGUGACCGUUAUGAUGUCAUGAAUUAUGAUGACAUGUCAGACACUAGUACCGUAGAUGAGGACAGUGUCCAUAAGGUUGAGAAAACCAGUGUUCACAUGCGUCUGACAAAGGAUGGAAGGUUUGUGGUGCUGGGACCACAUGAGGCUGCGCGGGGACAUAAAAAUGUACCCAAUGCACAAUUAGUAUCCGACGACCGACAGCGGAUGAUAGAUGAUCUGGUCAGCCAUCUUGAUUCCCCGGAGAAUCCGUUGGAAGAGGCACAUUGGAAGCAGGUUGAAUCCCUGUCACCCAGGGCAGCAGGGAUGAACCAAAGAGACAAUCGGUGGGUCAAUGUUGGCAAAGCCACCAGUCUCAACCAAUCUAGUGCCAAAAAAGGGUCCCGCUUAAACCCAGACGAGGAACUUGUGUUAGGACUAACGCUCCCGUCUGAAACCGAAAGUCAAACUAAAUAUAGCACACAGAAUGACACAGAUUCCACUAUGGCAAGCCCUUUGAUAAAAAGGAGAAAAUUUCGCCCCACGGAGAGUGUAGACUCUCAGGCCCCGCCACCACUGCCACAAAGCCAGCCGCCAUCUUUGAACUCUACGUUUAACGCUGCCGAUAAUUUCGCUACCGCUGGAUUUCCUGGACUGGAACAGGACUUUCCGGACGAGAUAAUGUAUGAGCAGGAUUACCACAUGGUUUCUGCUCCGAUCCAGACUCCACACUCUGUGAUGAGCAUGCCUGAUAGUGGACACGGAACCGUGUCUACCCUCCGGAGUCAGGCACUGCAGGAUAGAAUCACGGAGAUCAGUCAGGCUCUACAGAAAAAGCCAUUAACCAGUGAGGUCACAGAUGAUGAUGAAGAUGUCAUGGUUUGGAAAAUGAAGGCCUCCGAGGCUCUACGUCAGAUGGAGAACUAUGACAAAGAGAACAGAUAUCUGAAGGAAGAGAUCACAAAGUUAGAGAAGGAAUUAGAAAAUAAAUCACGCUACAUCCUGAUUCUGGAGAAAUUCCUCGACAAACUGUCUGAUACACUUAAACUGAAGGAUACGAGGAACAGCAAAGAAGUCAUCCAGAUCAUAGAGGCAGAGCUGAUCAAGGUCAGAGAGGAGCUUGCUGAUGCAGGUCACAAAAAGCUUGAUCUAUCACAGGAUGUUGUAGCUCUAAACAUGGAGCUCAACAAACGCCAACGGGAGCUUGUUGCCAAGAGAAAUGAAGCAGACAGCUUGAUGCGCGAGUUACGACAAUGGCAAGAAGAAUGUCGUACGAUCGAAGACAUGCGAACAAACGCCCUCGACUCUCUCCAGUGUCUCCAACAGGAAGCUGAUGAGAUAAAGGAAUUGGAGAAAUCCCUAAAGCAUGCUAAGGAUGAAAACAACAAGCUUCUAAAACAGUUCUCCCAGAUGAAGCAGACCAAAGAAGAUGCUGUACUGGCUCUCGUACCUCUGAAGUCCAAAGUCCAUCGUCUCUCACAGAAGUGUAAAGAUAAGGAUGAGUUGCUACGGCGACUGGGGGAGGAGUUACGGAAACUGAAGGGCAUCAGUAAACCCGUUGUCCUCCUGGAACAGCUGCGUCACAUGGAGGAACAAAUGGCUGGAGAGGAGUACAACAAACAGGAUACGGAGGCUGACAUACAAAGAUCAUCGUCAGUAUCCUCGUUUAACGAUGUGUUAGAUCCGGGAGCAUGGAGUGACUUAGAAUUAUCGCCUGGUAAUAUCAACGGCCGGCCAAAGUCUGCCGAUCAGUACGAUCGCCACCAGAGGCCGUUACCAUCACAACAGCUGCCACUAAUACACCGUCCAAACCGGUCGCCUGUGUACAGCCUAGAACAGCGAGGCCACAAACAGCCACCCGCGGGACACAUGCCACGCCACACAGCCUACAUAGCCGUGGCUGACUAUGACCCAAAUACAUUUUCCAAGAGUGGCCGUCCCCAGGCUCGAGUUACAGCUGACAGAGGGCGACACUGUCACCAUCACGGGUCCGUUAGACAGCCAUGGAUAUUAUGAGGCUGAGGUCAAAGGUCGAGUGGGUCUGGUCCCAGCCAGUCACGUACAGCCAGAGUCUGGGAUCGAAGACCUUGGCAAUCUUAAUCCAAGUCCUAACGAACGGAGGAUGCAACAGCUUCAAAGUACGCCAUCCCAUCUUGACCCGAGCCCGGAGAAAGUCCUCAACAUGCACAAUCAGCUCCAGAAAUCCCAUCAGCCCCAUAGAUACAUACCACCCAAAAUUUCUCCGCGUCAAGGUAUCCACAUUAACGGCCACUUGCCUGGAAAUCUAUCCCCACGAGGCCA